UCUAUAUGGUCUGGGGGUGGUGUCUGCAAACGUAUAUAAGAAGUGACCCAUUGGAAGAUAGGCACAGCUCAUUCUGUAGGACUCCUCCAUUGCAAAAAGUGCUCAAGAACUAAAACUAAAAUGGCUUUUUCUGGUAUCCUGAGUGAAGCUGACAUCGCCGCUGCCCUGAAGAGCACAGAAGCCAAGGACUCCUUCCAAUACAAAUCUUUCUUUGCCAAGGUUGGCCUGUCAAGCAAGUCUGCAGCUGAUCUUAAGAAAGUCUUUGAAAUCCUUGAUCAGGACCAGAGUGGCUACAUUGAGGAAGAGGAACUCAAAAAGUUCCUACAGAACUUCAGUGCUAAUGCCCGGGAUCUGACUGAUUCUGAAACCAAGGCAUUUCUUUCAGCCGGUGACUCUGAUGGUGAUGGCAAAAUUGGAGUUGAAGAAUUUCAGGCUUUGGUGAAAGCCUAAACAAGAGCCUCAAUGGAUUAUCGAAAUAAUUUAAAUCCCCCACUUUUUGUUACACGGAAAUGUUACCUGGUUAACCGAGAUAAAAUUUGCCCCGUUGAAGGGGAUCAGAUUCUGAAUCAACAUCUUCAUUCAAACUUCAGUGUCAUCUCUCCUAGUUGGACAAAUGUGAUACGGACUGUUCAACCAUCAACAACUGGAUCCUGAGCUCCUGCAACCCGCUGUUAACUCAAAGUUACACUGAUGCCUCAUUCUAUUUAUUUAUAUCUUUUUUACAUUGGUAUUGCAUUGCCAGCUGUUUAAACUAUUGUACCUUUUGUAAAUUGACAUUGAUGAUGCCUAGUCUUGAUGUCUUCAAGGAAUAUUUAAAGCAGCGAGGAUGAUGUAAACACAAUGCUAUCAAUAAAACAAUGUUUUGGAAUCA